AUGGUUCACAAGCAGAGCAUCCGUCGCCCAGCCCCAGCGCUACCGGACAGCGUUUUCAAAAUGUUCCAGAUGCACGGGAAAGUUGUAAUCAUCACAGGCGGCUCUGGUGGAAUUGGAUAUCAGGUUUCUCGGGCUUUGGCAGAGGCUGGUGCCGACAUUGCUCUGUGGUAUAACAACUCCCCUCAAGCCGACCAGCUGGCUGUUUCUCUCGCGGACGAAUUUGGAGUAAAAUCGAAGGCAUACAAGUGUUCUGUGCAAAAUUUUGACGAGGUCCAAGCCGCAACCGAAGCAGUGGUGCGUGACUUUGGUAGACUCGACGUGAUGAUUGCCAACGCAGGGGUUCCCUCCAAAGCAGGCGGCUUAGAUGACAAGUUGGAAGACUGGCAGCGCGUGGUGGAUGUGGAUUUUUCAGGCGCGUACUACAGUGCUCGAGCUGCUGGUGCGAUAUUCCGAAAGCAAGGAUCAGGGAAUAUGAUUUUCACAGCCUCCAUGUCAGGACAUGCAGCCAAUGUCCCACAACAACAGGCAUGCUACAAUGCUUGUAAAGCAGGUGUCAUUCAUUUGGCCAAGUCGCUCGCUGUGGAAUGGGCUGGCUUUGCCCGUGUCAAUUGCGUGAGCCCUGGCUAUGUUGACACUGCGAUGAGUGGAGAUUGUCCUUUUGAGAUGAAGGAGGAAUGGUACAGUCUCACACCUCUAAAGCGAGAUGCGGAUCCUCGGGAACUGAAGGGCGUCUAUCUAUAUCUCGCAAGUGAUGCUAAUCUUGCGAAACAGCACGUGGUCCGAUACUUCCUGCGUCUAGAGAUGAAGUUCUAUACAAAACUACAACCUAAGCGCCCAGCAUGGGAUCUGUACAUAUUUUGGACUGUUCAUCGCAUUUCGGCCAAACCACCAGUAGAGAAAGCAGAUAACUUUGGAGUGCAAGAAAGACUUGGCAUUGCAAGCCGCCGCGAUGUCUCAUGCUUCAACAAUUUCCAAGUCCUGAUUCCCAACCUGAUUAUGGACAACCUACAGCAAACAAACCCCUCAUUCGUCCUUCGAGCUGUCAAGGAUGUCGGCUUUGAAGACCGUCCAGUUCCAACUUUGAAAGAUCCAUGGGACGUACGAGUCCAGAUUGCGCAGACGGGAAUCUGUGGAAGUGAUGUGCACUACUGGCAGCGAGGACGAAUUGGAGACUUCGUCCUUGAAUCUCCGAUUGUUCUCGGGCAUGAAAGCUCGGGCACCGUUGUAGAGGUCGGAUCUGCAGUCAAGAACUUCAAAAUCGGAGAUCGAGUCGCGAUCGAACCAGGCGUGCCAUGCAGACACGGCUCGUAUAAUCUGUGUCCGGACACAGUCUUUGCAGCAACUCCUCCCCAUGAUGGGACCCUCUCCAAAUACUACAUCACCCAGGCCGACUUCUGCUACCCGCUGGCAUCCCACAUGGACCUUGAAGAGGGUGCACUGGUCGAGCCAGUCGCAGUAGCAGUUCAGAUCACCAAAGUAGGCAACGUGAGACCGAAUCAGACGAUCGUCGUAUUUGGAUGUGGGCCUAUCGGUCUGCUCUGUCAGGCAGUGAGCAAGGCGUACUCAGCUCGAAAAGUGAUCGGUGUUGAUAUCAGCCAGUCGCGUGCGGACUUUGCACGUACAUUUGGUGCCGACGAUGUAUUUGUGCCGCCCCCUAAGCCAGAUGGGAAGGACAGCUGUGCUUGGAGCGAGGAGCUGGCACGGAUAAUGAAGGAGAAGUUCGAUCUGGGCGAAGGGCCGGAUGUGGUACUUGAAGCCACAGGAGCGGAGGCAUGUAUCCAAACAGGCGUUCAUCUUACCAAGAAAGGGGGCACCUACGUGCAAGCUGGAAUGGGACGAGAGAAUGUCGUCUUCCCCAUCACCACUGCCUGCAUUCGCGAUUUGACCAUCAGAGGCUCUAUUCGCUACACAGUCGGAUGCUACCCAACAGCAGUUGAUCUCAUUUCCAGUGGCAAGAUUGAUGUGAAGCGACUUAUCACUAAUCGAUACAAGUUCGAACAGGCUGAGGAUGCUUUUGAACUAGUGCGGCAGGGAAAGGAGAGUGUGAUCAAAGUAAUCAUUGAGGGCGUUACUGCAUGA